GUGCAUGAGAACUGAAAACUUACCAGAAGGUCACCGCUAAGGUCAUGAAGAGUACCAGGAAGACCCUGACAGAAGGAGAAAUGACAACACACGAUAAACCAGUUGAACUAUCCCAUAAUAAAAGAUUGGACUGGAACUCACCUGUCCAAACAGACAAGCUGUUGAGUAGAGGAUGGCACCCGUCUCCCUCGGUGUCGGGCCAACAGAUCAUCAUCCCCUACAGUCUCUCAGGUCCUCGUCCUCUUCUCAGCGGCCGCUCCGACAACAGGAUGAAGAAGCAAAACGUGCGGACCCUGUCUCUCAUCCUCUGCAUGUUCUCCUACCUGCUGGUCGGAGCUGCGGUGUUUGACGCGCUCGAGUCCGAGUCCGAGAGCUCCCGCAGGCGCAUCCUGGAGCAGAAGCGCAACGAGAUGAAGAAGAAGUACCGCUUCUCCGAGGACGACUACCGGGAGAUCGAGCGCGUGGUGCUGCAGGCUGAGCCACACCGAGCCGGCAGGCAGUGGAAAUUUGCUGGCUCUUUCUACUUUGCCAUAACAGUCAUCACCACCAUUGGUUAUGGACAUGCAGCACCAGGCACGGAUGCAGGAAAGGUCUUCUGCAUGUUCUACGCCGUGCUGGGAAUCCCUCUCACUUUGGUCAUGUUCCAGAGCCUGGGAGAAAGAAUGAACACGUUCGUCCGCUAUCUCCUACACAAGGUGAAGCAGUGCCUGGGCUGUCGACGCACCGAGGUGUCCAUGGAGAACAUGGUCCUGGUGGGCUUCCUGUCUUGCAUCGGAACGCUGUGCGUCGGGGCCGCGGCCUUCGCCCACUUCGAGGGAUGGAGCUUCUUCCACGCUUACUACUACUGCUUCAUCACGCUCACCACCAUUGGCUUCGGGGACUUCGUGGCCCUGCAGAAGAAGGAGGACCUCCAGGAGAAAACGCCCUACGUGGCGUUCAGCUUCAUGUACAUCCUGGUGGGGCUGACCGUCAUCGGGGCCUUCCUGAACUUGGUGGUGCUCCGCUUCCUCACCAUGAACACUGAGGACGAGCGGAGGGAUGCUAAAGAGAGGGCGUCGCUGAAGAGGGACAGGGGACUUUUAGACGGGGCUCUGGGUCUCCAUGUCAUGGGCGAACAGAGCAGGAGCACCCACAGGGAGAGGAACGCGGUAAACAGCCGCAGCCACAGCACGCUCUUCCUCCCGAUGGAGGAAGGAACCAGCCGCACUAACCUCAUCGCUUCCCCGGCGGAGGACCAGGAGAGACGAAGGAGCCCCUGCAGACACAGGCUGCAUUUCCAGAUCAAGGCGGGCAGACGCGGGCCGGAGUCGAGCCUCAGCUCCCUCUGCUCCUGCGUCUGCUACCGUUUGGGGAUUUGUGACAGUCCUCUUAUGUCUCACAAUGAACACCACGGCUGCCAUAUCAACUCUGUUUACUACAACUCAGUCUCCUACAGGAUCCAGGGCUGCUCGCCAGGUUCCAGGGACAACACUGGACUCUCCUCCCCAGGAAGCACGAUCUCACCCGGGCUAAGCUUCCGGGAGUUCCCUCGAUCAAGGAGAAAGUCAGUGUAAAAGAGCACUGUAGUGAGGGAGUGUGUCUGCACAGACUGUAAACAGUAUUUUGUGUUACACUAUGUACAUGUCAGAAGACACUGAUUCUGUUAAAGCUGCAGUGGGUAGAAAUGAAACAAAAAAAAGAGUUAAAACUGUCACUAUAUCCUGACAGUAAUGCACGAGACAGGUAAUCUGAAAAAAAAUCAUGUGCCUCUG